GUGAAAGUUGAAGGGUAUGUUGUCAACAUGGCAUCUGGCAUUAGUGCAAAGCAUGGAUUAUUAACCACAAAAUGUUCGCUGUUUCACUCACUCCAAAGAAAGAUAUUGCCACAUGCUAUUUGUAUUCAACGACCUACAGAAGUGAAAUGUCUACGAGCUUCAACAAACUCGACUGCAGAGUCGCAGCACAACGAAAAAUACUGUAUCGAUAUUGUGAGGUCUCGGGACUAUGACGGUUUUGUGUCCUCCCUGCUUCUCCCUGAGGAUGCCCGGCGCUCCUCACUGGCCCUGAGGGCCUUCAAUGUCGAGCUGGCUCAGGUGAAGGACUCUGUUUCCCAGAAGACUAUAGGUCUGAUGUGGAUGCAGUUCUGGAAGACUACAGUGGAGGAGAUCUACAGAGACGACCCCCCCCGUCUGUCUGGAGUAGACGUCUACUGUUUUCAUUUUCAGUGCUGGAUUUGCAACUGCGGCUAUUACAGUCGACUGUAUAUCGUUUGGACUUUGCAUAUUGCCUGGUUCCUCUCUAGGUUUCUUCCUAGAGAGAAAGACAUGGAAGACAGAGCUUAUAGAAACCUCUAGGAGUUGGAGGCCUAUUCAGACAAUACCCAGUCCUCACUACUGUACCUUCUUCUGGAGAGUUUAGGUGUGAAAGAUGUCCAUGCUGAUCAUGCUGCCAGCCACAUUGGUAAGGCCCAGGGGAUCGUGAUGUGCCUAAGAGCCACGCCCUACAACAGCAGCAGAUGCAAAGUCUACCUACCUAUGGACAUCUGCAUGCUGCACAGAGCCUCCCAGGAGGACUUCAUCCGAGGAAGCCAGGAACAGAAUGUGAGAGACGUGUAUGACAUUGCCAGCCAAGCCCACCUACAACACGCCAGAUCAUUCAGCAAGAACAUACCAGCUUCUGCUUUCCCUGCCUUCCUCCAAACGGUGGGUUGUUGUUGUUGUUGUUAUAAGAAUCAUUAGCAUUUAUUGGGUUAGGUUUUUUUCGUUAAUCUGAACCUAGGUAAGGAGGAGCAGCAUCUGUUGAACGGUCCUUUCUCCUCCUCAAUCACCUCCCAAUAUCCUGACAUGGCUGUCUAGCCUAUCCCUCCCUCCCAUCACAGCACGCUCCCCAUCAGUUGGCCAGACGGACCUUUUUAAUGCUCCAAUUUAAAUCACACCAGACAGACCACCAAGGGACUGUAUUAUGGGCUCUUACCUCUGGCACUCUCAAAAGCAGUCUGAUACCCACAAAGAAGGGGCAUGAAAGAGGGCAAUAAAGGAAGGGCAGAACAUAUUAACCAGAGCCUUGAGAAUGAUGCCAAGGUGAAGAAUUUGAGGUAGACAAAUGCCCCGCAUCGUGUGUUUAUGUUUUGAAGGGUGGAUGGUCACGAUGCUUGAGUGCUUCAACCAGCAGGGGCAUGAUGGUAAUUAGAGAAAGAGAGAACAUUAAUCCACUCAGUUCUGUGUUCCGCUUCAUCCAGGACAAUUUUCACAAAUAUGAUGAUCUAUUGCUGCCGGUGCUGUAACUAUGUUAAUCUGUUCUGACGCCUAAAAGGCUCCUUCCUCUCAGCUGCUGAGUCAUAUGUUUUAUGCAGGGCUGACUUUGUGCGUCUAGGGCAAAGAGGAAGCACUUUCCUGAGCUCAGAUAAUGCUCACGCUAGCUACCACAUGUAGAGAAUAAGGACUGAUAGUGUGUGGAUGCUGUUUCCCUCUUUCUGGCUGCUGUUCUAAGUGGUGCUGGAGGACUACCUUCAAAGGGUGCGGCGGGUAGACUUUGAUGUGUUCCAUCCCAGCCUACAGAAAAGAAACCCACUGAUCCCCAUCCAGCUUUAUAUUCGCUCCUGGAAGAAGACCUAUUGAUCUGUAUGGUGGGACCUUAUCUUUUGCCCUAUUGUAAUUUAUACCAGGUUUAAACAUCUGAUUUCCAAAAGUCCCGCUCUCGUAUGUUGGUUUCUAAGUAGACCAAUCUACGACAGUGGAUUUCAAGAGACUCCUCCAUCUACGAUGUCAGCACUCCCCAGAAAAGGAUUCUGAUCUAAAACAUGCCUCUGCCAUCUAAACCAGUUCACCUGUGUUAUUCCCUGUUGUAGACUAGACAGCUGAGGACCACAGACAGAGAUUAUUGUAAAGCAAUAACUACAGUACUGGAGACUGAACUGAUCCCCUGAUAUAUUGACUAUUUUCAGUAAUAAAUCGUGUAGCCAUGUUGGUCUGUUUUCUCUCCUUUUUUAAAGCUCUUAAAUAAAGAUGUCACAACCAUAAUAACAGUACUGUAUGUCAUUGUGAAUUACGACAUUUAAAUAAAAUCUAGAGCUUUUUACGUGA